CUGGCUGGCUGGCUCGUAUCUGGCGGUGUGGUGGUGUGUGCGGUCGGACUGUGGUUGUGUUUCAGGUCUGGUCGUGUUGAUAACGACACACUUCGGACGCAUUUCAUCGCGGAGAGAUGGGAAUUCUGAAGAAAUGGCUCUAAAACAAAUUGCCCCAACGCUGCUGGCCCUGUUCGGCUUGGUGGCUGUCGCUGAUGCUCUGCGUUGUAACUGCACAAACUGUGAGAAGACGGGCUAUGAAUGCGAGACGGAUGGCGCCUGCAUGGCCUCUACAUAUUACAUCCAGGGGAAGGAGCAACAUGUACGCAUCUGUAUCAACCGCGACAACCUGGUUCCUCCUGGACAACCCUUCUACUGUCUGAGCGCUGAAGGCCUACUCAACACACAUUGCUGCUAUGUAGAUUACUGCAACAGUAUUGACCUGAAGGUCCCAGUUCCAACAAAAGAGGGGGACUGGUUGGGCUCAGGAAGCUCAUGGGGGCCGGUGGAGCUGGUAGCGGUCAUCGCAGGGCCGGUGUUCCUGCUCUGUGUGCUGCUGAUGGUUGGCGUUUUCCUGUUCCAGUAUCAUCAGAGGGCCUACAGCCACAGGCAGAGGCUGGAAGUAGAGGACCCAUCCUGUGACCAUCUGUACCUGGCCAAGGACAAGACCCUGCAGGACCUCAUCUAUGACAUGUCCACCUCUGGAUCAGGCUCUGGUUUGCCGCUGUUUGUGCAGCGAACAGUGGCCAGGACCAUCGUGCUGCAGGAGAUAAUAGGAAAAGGUCGUUUCGGUGAGGUCUGGCGAGGAAAGUGGAGGGGAGGAGACGUGGCGGUGAAGAUCUUCUCAUCCAGAGAGGAGCGCUCCUGGUUCCGAGAGGCUGAGAUCUACCAGACAAUCAUGCUGCGCCAUGAAAACAUCCUCGGAUUCAUUGCAGCAGACAAUAAAGAUAAUGGCACCUGGACUCAGCUGUGGCUGGUGUCAGACUAUCAUGAGCACGGCUCCCUUUUUGACUACCUGAACCGCUACUCCGUCACCAUCGAGGGCAUGAUCAAACUGGCCCUGUCAGCUGCCAGCGGCCUGGCACACCUUCACAUGGAGAUCCUCGGCACUCAGGGUAAGCCUGGCAUUGCUCAUCGUGACCUCAAGUCUAAAAAUAUCCUGGUUAAGAAGAACGGCAUGUGUGCCAUAGCUGACCUCGGCCUGGCAGUCCGCCAUGAGUCCAUCACGGACACAAUCGAUAUAGCACCUAACCAGCGCGUGGGCACUAAGAGGUAUAUGGCUCCAGAAGUCCUGGAUGAAACCAUCAACAUGAAACACUUUGAUUCCUUCAAGUGUGCCGACAUCUACGCGCUGGGCCUGGUGUACUGGGAGAUCGCGCGUCGCUGCAAUGCAGGAGGUAUCCACGAGGAGUACCAGCUGCCCUACUACGACCUCGUGCCCUCUGACCCUUCCAUAGAGGAGAUGAGGAAGGUGGUGUGUGACCAGAAACUGAGGCCCAAUGUGCCCAACUGGUGGCAGAGCUACGAGUCACUGCGUGUGAUGGGGAAGAUCAUGAGGGAGUGCUGGUACGCCAACGGAGCGGCCAGACUGACGGCCCUGCGCAUAAAGAAGACUCUGUCUCAACUCAGCGUGGAGGAGGACGUCAAGAUGUGAGCGGCCAGGCGGUGAAAAAAGGCGCGCUGGAGACGCACAACUAGACCACACUCCCAUAGGAAACAAACACUAAAGACUGACUGCAAAAUGAAAACCCUGCCAGUUUUAAAGCCACACUCCAAGUUGUGACAAGGCCUACCUCACCUUUUUAGCCAAAACUACUGAGAAUCACCCACUCCUAUCGACUCUCCUCCCCUCCUCCUACCUCCCCCUUUUGUUCCUCGUGUCUCCUCCCCGUCCCCCCUUCGACCUCCCCUUCUCCAUGGGCCACAACACUACAGCACUACCACUGUUAAUAUCAUCACACUCAACCUUUUUUCUUUUUCUUUUCAUUUCCCAUGGCAGGAAUAACUAUUGUACAGUGACGGGAUUUUUUUUUUUUUUUUUUUUUUUUUUUGCUUGUUUGAUCUUUUUUACCUCUUCGAAAUCGUCCCAUGACGGACUAACCUUGUCCAGAAGAGUCAAGCAUGUUGUGGGUUUCAACUUCAAGAACUAUAACAUUUAACUUCUGUUGGCCAUGCAGCUACACAUUCUGUUGCUGUGAGUGUGUGAGGAGGGGGGAGGGUGGGGGAGGCUGAAGCACUGUUUCUAGUUGUGUGUAAAAGGUGUCCGGACUACUAGCAUGUCUCAAAGACACCAAGAUGUCCUCUGGUAUAGUCUGUAGUUCAUUAGACAUAAUCAGUUAUUGGACAUUUGGUAAUUAAGCAUACAAACAAACAGCCAGAUUGUGCUUUUAAUCCCUCACUUAAAUAUCCUACAAACAAUUGUAGCUUCCUCAUCACGCGCGAGACCCGCAGGUUUUGCGCACAACCGAUGCGGUCCGGUCCUGGUGUUAGUUUGAAACGUUGGCAGGGAUAAUGUUUGGGAUGGUUUUUAAUUUUUUAUUUAUUUGUUGAUAGUUUUUAUUUCAUAUUGAUGAACACUGUGAGAUGAGACGUGACAAGCCGGAGUCUUGAUAUGAAAAUUAAUGUUAAUGUAGUUCAGUCCAAGUCUUCACCACAGUUCAGAUUUUAGGGGUUUUUUCUGCAUUCAUCUAAUAAGAUACUCAGUUAAAACAUGGAUGUAGCCAUAACCCCCGCUGGUGACAGACGAUGACAUCAUGCACACUGAGCAAAUAAGAGGCGUAUGAAAUGGCAAUGAAAAAAUACUGUUUUUCCUUUUUUUUUGUUUUUAAUGUAUUUUUUUGUGUUUUGUGUAAAGACAUAAUGAUCGGUGUUUUCUUUUGACUUUGACAUUAGACACUACUGAUGAUGGGUACAUAUGAUUUGUAUAUAAAACAUGCUUCUUUUUUUUUUUUCCUUUUAUGCCACAAGCUCCAGUGUGACAUCUGAACAGUGAUUUUUUUUUUUUUUUUUUUCUUUUUUUGCUUGAAUGGUACUUUCAGAUCUGUCUGCAUGGUUUCUAACUGUGCCAGGAAAUAACACUGUCAUGUCAUCUGCUGGAUUUUGUUUUUCACUCGCUCCUCUCAUGGCAGUUCGGUGGUACUACUGAUCCCAGAUCAUUUUGCUGCAACUUCUGUUUUGUUUUUGUUUUGUUUUUGUUUUUUUAAAUUGUUGGAAUUGAUUGUUGAGUUCUUUUCAGAGCUCAGUAAUGCAGGUCUGUUUCUACAUUAUGUCCUCUGGGGUGACAUCUCCUUCUCAUUGACACUGGAAUAUUUAGGAGCGUCGUGUAACCUUGAAUUCUGAUACUGCCGAUGGCUAUUUAUUCAGAAAUAAACCCAACUGCUGACAGUUCACACAUGUGGAUUCCAGGGAAACGUACAGUUAGAUGUGAUAAGUAGUUCAGAGGUUUUACCUUCAAAGACUGACAUGCUGUAAAAGUGAAACUGCAUGUUAUCGUUCUACUUUGUCGUCCGUUUGCAGACAAGGUUAUGAGAGUAUUACACUGACACUUGUCAUCAUUGGGCUCUGCACUGUUAUGUCCACAUGGACUUUAGUUAAUGUUAGUUGUGUCAUGAUUAUCAACACUUGAUCCAGAAUCCAUGUGUCAUGUUAGUAUCCAUUUUGCAUGCUGUCUCAAACACUGGGUCCUCUGCACUGAGGUAGAUGAACUUAAGACUUUCCCCUCUUCCUACCUGUUGUUUUCUCUUAUUUUUUCGGGUCGUUGGCUGUGUACCCCAGAAAUGUUGCUGCUACUGUUAACAUGGGUAGAAGUUCAGCAGGCAGAGCGUAGCGGAGGAAGGGGGGCUGGGAGGGGAAAAGGGGAGACUGCUGUCAGUUGAACCAAAAUUGUCAUAACACUCCUGUCCAUGUUUGAUUUGUUGCCAUGGGUAUAUGACCAUCAGACAUCCUGUUCAUGAGUAAUACUUCAAGAUUUAAAAAAAAAAAAAAAAAAAUGUUGUGCAAAUCUUUUCAGAAUAAGUUCAAAAAGUGUAUAUAGAUGAUAUACAAUAAAUUCCUUUUUUUCUUA